UCAUUAUACACAAUCUAUGCUCCGCUCUGAGCAGUGGCAUUGGAGCUCUGUCCUGGAUGAGUGGAGAUGGGCUGAGGCAGGGAGGACCGACCCGAAAACAGCGAGACAAACAGCCACUGAGUGUAGCAGUUACAGAAGGAAAGACUCGGGAGUUCUUCGUGGUCCCACUUGACCCCGAUCCACUUCGCUCCCGGCCCCAGCAGGCCAGGGAAUGUCCCGGCAGCGAGAUGCCUUACGUGGACCGACAGAACCGCAUCUGUGGCUUCCUGGACAUAGAGGAGAACGAGAGCAGCGGCAAGUUCCUGCGUCGUUACUUCAUACUGGACACGCAGCAGGGAAGCUUGGUGUGGUUCAUGGACAACCCACAGAACCUGCCUGUUGGUGCAGACUGUGUUGGCUCCCUCAAGCUCACCUACAUCUCUAAGGUCAGUGAUGCCACCAAGCUGAGGCCCAAGGCAGAAUUCUGCUUUGUCAUCAACGCUGGGAUGAGGAAGUUCUUCCUGCAAGCCAAUGACCAACAGGAUCUCGUGGAAUGGGUCUGCGCUCUCAAUAAAGCCACCAAGAUCACUGUGCCAAAGCUGUCUGAUGGGCAGCACAAUGCCGAGAACCAGAAGGCUUUGCCAGAUGUCGUAGGGACGAAGAAGCAAGUCUCUUACAAGACGGAGAUAAUUGGAGGAGUCCCCAUUGUCACACAGACACAGCACGAAGGUGGAGAUGGUUCAGACAGAGCAGAGCGAGAGGCCAUGCAUCGCUCCCACAGCCAGCUGCCGUACUUCCUGGGCAGGCCGACACAAGAGCACACCGUCAUCAAGUCGGGCUACUGCGUCAAGCAGGGAGCUGUGAUGAGGAACUGGAAACGACGAUAUUUCCUACUGGAGGAAAACGCAAUGAGUUACUUCAAGUCUGAUUUGGAGAAAGAGCCUCUGAGAAUGAUCCCGCUGAAGGAAGUUCACAAAGUCCAAGAGUGCAAACAGAGUGACAUUAUGAUGAGAGAUAAUCUGUUUGAAGUCGUCACCUCAUCAAGGACGUUUUACAUACAGGCGGACAGCCCGGAGGAGAUGCACAGCUGGAUCAAGGCUGUCUCAGGGGCCAUUGUGGCCCAGCGUGGUCCUGGGAGGUCUGCUGCCACAGAACACGGCAGCCGUUCCUCUUUCUACCGCAGCCCCUCGGGUCCCCCCGUCCCUCGCUCGCCCAUAUCUGCCAUGCCACCAUGCUACCCAGAGUGGGGGGCUGCUGUCACGUGCGGCACACGCUCGCAGCCUGGCGUGGGACAGCGAGCACUUCAUGAGCCUGCUGCCACGGCCCAAUCACAGCCACACGCCAACACGCCUCUCCCUGCAGGAGACGAGCCUGGCAAAGUGACGUGCGAGCCGCCUGUGACCACCAUCGAUAACUCUGAGGAAUCACCGUGGCGACGGCGGAGCAGCUUUGAGCCUCACGUGCCUGAAUCGCCCGUGGACCUGGAUGACGCUGACCUGCCGGUGAGCGAGGUCUGAGCCACCAAGCUGGACGUUAAAACGUGUUUAUCUGAAUGGAGACUCCCUGCACAAGGAGGAAACCGGUGUGCGAGAGGUGUUUGAAAAGGGCAGGCACUGGUUUUCGAACCAAAGCUGUUUGCUGACAUCACAAACUCAACUUUUGGGCUCCUCCGUCAGUGCCGUCAGUGUGCUAGAGGAACAAGUUUGGUCACCACUGAACUGCACUCGUGUGCCAAAGAUGACCCGGCCUUCACCCGCACCCAUCUGCCUGCCUGCUGUCACAUUUACAGUCCUCUAUUUAUUUACUAAGAGCUGUUGUUGUCAAACAGAGCUACAAAUUUCAGUUUACUCAUGGUGAUUAGAAUUCAGCGAGAGCUUUAUUUUAACAUGUACAGGCACAGCGAUGUGUUCGAUGGUCGGAGGCGAGUGGAAGAUUGUUUGUAAACCACUUUGUGCCAAGAAAAAGGGGAGCUUUCAAGUGCAGACUAUUUCCUCUCGUCUGAAAAGAGUGUUUAAACUGAGAACGGGCUUUUCGUCACCUCUCUGAUCUACUAAUUUUAACUGUGUGGUCCAUUCACACUUUCUUCUGUAACCUUGGAUUUGUCUGCUGUUUUUGGCCAGCGUUGGGAUACGCGUCAGGCCUUUUCUGAGGUCAGAUCCUCACUCUAAUGCUAAUACAAAGAUUCUGGACUUGUCUAGGACUAGAUGCAGAAUGUUGAAAAUAAAAGUGUGUAUAAUAAUAAUAAUAAUAAUGAUGAUAAUAAUAAGACCAAAUGUAUUGCUGCAAGAAUUUUUUUUUAAAACCGUCGUCAAGCCUUUUGACUUAAAUUUCUUUUUAUUUCCUCACUGUCGCUGACCAUAAGCUAAAGUCGCUUACAUGUAAAUCUACAGUACAUAGUUUUUACAGUCAGUCAGCCUGUGGUAGAGAAGUGAAAGUUUGACUGUGCAGAAGCAUGAAAGAAAAAUCAUUUCUGGAAGCCAUCGCAGUACGUGCAUCACUUCUCUGUGCGGACUUCAUUUCAGCAUAUGAGACUUGGAGGACUCAGUGCUGCUUGAUGGCGUGCAGAAAGGAACAACAGGGUUAUGAGUUGACAAGGAAUUCACUUGUAUACAUUUUGUAAUUAAUAGUAACAAAAGCUUCAACAAUGGGGCUGAGUAAGUUAUAGAUCAGCUUCAUGUCCUGACAGACACAUGAGUUCACUCAAUCUGUAAUCCGUUAUUUUAAGAUUAUGCUGUAUGAACGUCUUGUAAACAUUGUGGUUUAACAGAAAAAACAACAUUCAAGCUCAGACACUCCGUUGCAUGUUAACAUUUCUAUGGUUCCUCAGAUGAUCUUUGUGUUUUUAGUUUUUUCAUUUAUCUACGGUCACUCACUGUGUUGUGUGUUUGCAGAAUAGAGGUGUGUGCAGUUGAUUUAUUAUUUUUGUAUGCUUUUAAAUGUUUCCUGAUUGUAUUCCUUGUACCUGUGUUUUGGGAGGCAGCUGCCUUGUGGUUUUAUUAAGUCCCACUGUAGUCCUGCUAAAUAAUACACACUAAUCUUGUUUUUUUUUUGUUUUUUUUUGUUGAAGUGCCUGCUUAAAUUCAGCCCAACAAAAUUCAAGCUUGUUCACCCUGUGCCGGUCUGGAGUCAUUGGUUUGAAUUGUCUCUAUUUAUUUUGUGGAUGACUUGAAAGAAAUAAAUACUGAAAAUGUG